AUGUGGCUGACGAGCCUCGCCAUAAUAGGAGAUUUCGUCCACUUCGACGCUAGUUGAGGGUUCAUGAGUAGUCGCGUGGACUGGCUGUUCCAAGCCACGCCUGCGAGAGGACCGCUGUUUCAUGGAUUUAUAUUCCCUUGUCAUCCUCUAAUGUGCAUCCUUUGUGGAGGCAACCCUUGAUUCUGUUCUACUUAGCGCUAUCUUGCUCUCAAAAUGUCGAUCAAGAGUGUGCAAAGACUGAGCCGUAGCGACUUUCAUGUCGCCAUUGUGACCACACUCGACAUUGAGACGCAGGCGAUCGACAAGUUCAUUGACGAGCGUUACGACGCCGCUGAGCUGCGCAAACUCAAGGGUGACCAGAAUCAUUAUACCGUUGGUCGUAUUGGGCGUCAUAAUGUUGUUUUGGUCAAGUUAGUUGGAAGAGGAACCCGAAAUUCCGGGCCUUCGGCAUCAACACUGACCUUAAGUUAUACUGAUAUCCAUCUCGUACUACUAGUGGGCAUCUGCGCGGGAGUGCCCUUCCGCAACGGCACUGCGACAUCGGCGACAGAGACGAUUCUAGGAGAUGUCAUAAUCAGCGAUAGUAUUGUCCAGAUCGACGAUGGAAAGCAACACCCUCACACGUAUGAAAGAAGAACUGGCAGACGGGUGGAGCUCGGCAUGCCAAACCAAGAUAUACGCAGUAUACUUUCUUCAAUCCAAGCAGGCAUUCAGCCAUUUCAUGAAAAGAUGCUGAACGAGGUAGCCCGCAUCCAAAAAAAAGACAAUGGUCGAUGGGCGUACGUGGGUACGUCGGAAGAUAGAUUAUUUAAGUCCUCAUUCCAACACAAGCACUAUCAAACUAAAGAUGGCGAUACCCCAUGUGAAUGUUUUCAAGGCAACAAUACCUCCUGCUAUUCAGCCAUGAAGGAGAACUGCGAAAAGACGAAAUGUGCUGGGACCUUGAUACGCCGGACUCGGCUAGACCUCAAACCGGGUUACAUUCCCACACCCGCCAUUCACAUUGGGACGGUUGGUUCUGCUAAUACUGUGAUGAGAUCCGGGGAGCAUCGUGACGAGCUCGUGGACAGAGAAUUGAAAAACGGCGAGAAUAUCAUCGCCCUCGAGAUGGAGGGAGCCGGAAUGUGGGAGGGCAAACCCUGUGUCAUUAUCAAAGGGGUGGCCGACUAUGCCGAUAGUCACAAGAAUGACCGCUGGCAUGAUUAUGCAGCUGCUACGGCGGCAGCCUGCGCAGCGGCCUUUUUGAGCGAGUGGAUUCCGUUCGAUUCGGAUAGAGUAGAGCAUUACCCCAGGUCACAUUAUUCCAAAUCACCAAGAAGUAGUAUCACCAGUCAACUGAAUCGGGUUGAGUCAUCCACUGAGCCGGAAGAAGAAUCUUCAAAAGGAAGCCGAACGAAUCGAGCUCCAGAUAUAGGAUCGAAGAGUCUGAUUGCAGCUUUACUUACCGCUCACCGCAAGAUCUUCUACACUCUUACUAGCGAGCAAAAACACCUGAGGCCAAAGGUGAAUGGCUACUGGGAACGAUUGACUUUGGAUUCAUAUCAUGUAUAUCGGCAAAUAUUCCGAAACUGUCGUAACCCAGAUACAGACAAAGUAUCACUUUCAUCCUUGGUACAAGAAUUUGACAAUUCCGAUGACCUUUCCCAUACUACUAUUCGCACGUACUGGGACAAAGUCAUUCCUCCGAGCGCAAGACAGCCAAACAAAAAACUCCCCAGCUUAUCAGAAGCCAAUAUCCUGGCCAUUCUCUACAUGUUGCAUAUAUACUAUACUCUAGGCGAAGAGCCGGAGCGCGAAUUCGAUGCACAAACAUAUGCACGCAUCGCGCGUUUUGCAGACUGGGCUUUAUGCAAGUGCCCAUUGAAGUGUGGACGGGCAUGGAAUUUCACAUCGAACAUUGGUAUCUGGAAGCGUCAUUCGCCUCCGCGUGAUAUUAAUGAUCGAUGUCUUGUGGACGAGCACCAGAACCUCGGUAUCAGGAACCCAGGUCAUAGAACUGCGUAUAAUGCCACUUUCAACGAUUGGUCACAUUGGAAACCAAACAGAGUCGGGUUGUUUGGAAUAGCUAACCCAAUAGCGAUCAGCAUCCAAUCAAAAAGCAAACCAUUGGAAUGACUUUUGCUUAUUAGUGAUCAG